GACCUGGGGGAGCUGCCAGCGCUGGAGUCCCCCGGGGAGCCCCCCCCAGCACCCCCUUCUCCUGCACCCUGCACUGUGGGACUGCCUGGCAUCGCGCUGCUCAGCGAGCUGGCCGAACUGGAGCUGCGCCAACGCCGCUGUGACUUGGCCAUGGAAGGGGAGGACGAGGACCUGCUGGCCUUCAACCUACAAAACCUGGCCACGGUGGCAGCUGCCUGGUCGCUAGUGGAGGCGGCCAGCCGGGAGGGCAGGCCCCCAGCACUCAGCCCCUGCCCGCCUCCCCCGCCCCGUGCCCGCGUGCCGCGCCGCAAGUACACCUGGACCCCCAAAACCAAGGCGGUGUGCCCACUGAAGGCGGCCAUUGAGCAGCUCAACACUCAGGAGGUGGAGGUGCGGAUGCGGCUGGCUGAGCUGCAGCGGCGCUACAAGGAGAAGCAGCGCGAGCUGGUGAAGCUGCGGCGGCGGCAUGACCACGAGCGCGACGAGAGCUCGCGGAGCCCGGCGCGGCGCGGAGACAGAGGAAAAAAAAAAAAAAUUAAUCUGGAGGUUUUAUGUCACAAAACAUUUAAGAGAGUGAAGGUUGCGGGGGGAAAAAAUAGGAGGGGUGUGUGGGUCGAGGGGGGACGGUGGGUGCCCACGGCGCGCUCCCGCAGGGCGGUGCAGAGCAGCCUGUCCCUGCUGUGUGCCGAGCUGCGCGCCGAGCCACAGCCCAAGAAGAAGCGCAGCAAACUGGAGCAGCAGUACGGAGCCAUGGCCGGGGCUGCGGAAAAGGUGAGGUGCAAGAAGAGCAGCGCGCAGAGCAAGCUGGCCUGUAAGGUGGCUCACAAAGUGUCGCAGCUGAAGCAGAAAGUGAAGAGCAAAGGGCUCCCUGCUGGCAUCAGCCCCUUCCGACGGAAAGAGCCUAACCCUGGCAGCCGCAUCCAGAAGAAGCUGGCCCGUCCCAAGAGCUCCAAGGGCACAGCCAAGUACCAGCCCCAGGAGCCCGACCCCUGUGAGAUCCCUGGCUUCAAAGAUGGGCGCAACGAGGACUCAGACAGCGAUGAUGGGGAUGAGGAGCCCGACCUGUCUCUGCUGCCCUCAGUGCCCAUGGCUGUGCUGGGGCCCUCCCCGUCCUCUGUGGUGAAGAUGGAGGCCAACGAGAAGGCAAAGAAGAAAAAGGAAAGGCAGGGACUGCUAGGCCCGUGCCGCCUGGGCAGCCCUGAGGGCGAGGUGAAGAUCAAGCGGCGGCCGGGCAAGCCGGGUGCCGGCAAGCUGGAGAAGGUACCGGCACGGCGCAAAGCGGGCGGCUGCGAGGAGGGGAGCAGCAAGAAGAAGCUGAAGGCAAAACCCAAAGAAAGCCUCCGGGCGGCCGUAACCGGCGGCCCCAGCUCCGCCGCCCCCCCCCUCGCCUGCAGCCUGUUUGGUGCUGCGGAUCCCCGGCACUUCGGGGCGAGGGAGGACGGCGCACGGCUGGCCAGCGAGCGGCUCAAGAAGGCCACACGCAAGAGCAAAGUGCUGCAGUCAGCACUGCGGCGGAAGAACGGGGCCCUUUCGCUGGCCCUCUCACCCCGGAGUGCCAAAACCAUCCUGAGCAAGGGCAAGAAGCUGGGCAAGGUGAAGAGCAAAGUGGCCAGCAAGCAGUGCAAGGGCCGGGCGGUCAGCAAGCUGCUGGAGAGCUUCACCGUGGAGGACGACUUCGACUUCGACGACAACAGCAGCUUCUCGGAGGAGGAGGAGGAGGGCAGCGCAGGCGGGCGCCGCUCCCCCCCGCCCCACACCUGUGCCAUCCAGAAGGAAGACCUGCGGGACGGGCUGCACAUCCUCAUCCCCAAGGAAGACAGCCUGCUGUAUGCCGGCAGCGUGCGCACCAUCCAGCCCCCUGACAUAUACAGCAUCAUCAUCGAGGGUGAGAGGGGGAACCGGCAGCGCAUCUACUCACAGGAACAGCUGCUGCAGGAGGCAGUCCUGGACGUGCGGCCACAGUCACGGCGCAGCCUUCCUCCCGGCACCCGCGUCUGCGCCUACUGGAGCCAGAAGUCACGCUGCCUGUACCCAGGGAACGUGGUGCAAGGCUCCUCCAGCGACGAGGAGGAGGACGACCCCGAGGCGGUGAUGGUGGAAUUCGAUGAUGGGGACACGGGGCACAUCGCCGUGUCCAACAUCCGUCUGCUGCCACCUGACUUCAAGAUCCAAUGCACAGAGCCGUCCCCUGCGCUGCUGGUGUCCAGCUCGUGCCGGCGGAACAAGCGCUCCUGUGGCGAUGCGGCUUCCCCUGGCGAGCUGCCCCCCGGACUGUGCACCGAGAGGCACGACGGCCCCAAGGGCCCCAGGAGUUCGGGCAAGAAGGCGAUCUGCAAGGAGAAAAGCGGCAAAGCCCUGGAGCUGCUGUCGGGCAGCCGUGCGCCGGCGCUGGGUGAGCCGCUGGGGCGGCGGGGCGGCCCUCUGCUCAGCUGGUCGGCGGUGGCGCAGACGAAGCGGAAGGCGGCGAGCAAAGGCACGGCCGUGCUGCAGAACCUCUUCCAGGUGAACGGCAGCACCAAGAAGCUGCGUGCCAAGGAGGCCCUGUUCCCCGUGCACCACCACGUCGCCGCUCCCGUCUUCGGCAACGGCUUCGGGGCCGACUCGUUCAGCCGCAUCGCCAGCUCCUACGCGUCCUUCGGAGCCGGCGCCGGGCUGGUGCUGCCGACCGCACAGAAGCUGCUGCGCUGCAAGAAGGCGGAGCGGCUGGAGGCUGAGAUGGGCAAAGGCGGCCGGCGCAGGGCUGGCGGCGAGUUCCUGGUGAAGCUGGACCACGAAGGGGUGACGUCCCCCAAGAACAAGAACUGCAAGGCCCUGCUGCUGGGCGAGAAGGACUUCGGGGCCAAGCUGGAGCGGCCGCUGGCCAGCAGCUACGCGCACUCGGCGCUGGGCAAGGAGAGGAAGGGGAGGGCGGCCGUGCACCCGCUGCCCGUGGGGCUGGCGCUGCGGAAGUACUCGGGUCAGGCCGAGUUCAGCCUGAACUGCGACAGCGACUGCCACAGCUCCUACUCGGACAUGGAUGAGGAGGAGGAUGCGGGCGGGCUGGGUGCCGACGUGCCCUCGCGCUUCAUGACCCGCCUGUCGGUGUCCUCCUCUUCCUCGGGCUCCUCCACCUCCUCCAGCUCCGGCUCCAUCUCCACCUCCAGCCUCUGCUCCUCCGACAACGAGGACUCGUCGUACAGCUCGGAGGACGAGGACUCGGCUCUGCUGCUGCAGACCUGCCUCUCGCACCCGGUGCCGGCGCUGCUGGCGCAGCCCGAGGCUCUGCGCUCCAAAGGCUCCGCGCCGCAGCGCUGCUUCCUCACCAAGGCGGCCGCCGCCGGCCCCAAGGCCAAGCUCAAGCGCAAGGAGGCCCUCAGCUUCUCCAAAGCCAAAGAGUUCUCCCGGAGGCAGCGGCUGCCCUCGGUGGAAAACCGGCCAAAGAUCUCCGCCUUCCUGCCCGCGCGCCAGCUCUGGAGGUGGUCGGGGAACCCCACGCAGCGGCGGGGCAUGAAGGGGAAGGCACGGAAGCUGUUCUAUAAGGCCAUCGUGCGGGGCAAGGAGACGCUGCGCAUCGGGGACUGCGCCGUCUUCCUGUCGGCCGGGCGGCCCAACCUGCCCUACAUCGGGCGCAUCGAGAGCAUGUGGGAGUCCUGGGGCAGCAACAUGGUGGUGAAGGUGAAGUGGUUUUACCACCCCGAGGAGACCAAGCUGGGCAAGAGGCAGAGCGACGGCAAGGUGUGGGGUGGGGUGGUAUGGGCACAGGUUUGGGGAUGGGGAACAGCGGCGACAGAAGUGGGUGUGGAUGGAACUCCUACCAGCCUCUACACCAAAUCUGGAAUACUCUGCACUGGAUGGAAGCCUGACUGA